UGUUGUGAUUUUUUUUUUUGGAAAUUCAAGACAAAAUGAAGGUGUUUUUAGUAUGUUGUUUAAUUUCAUUUGUGACAUUCACUUUUGCUGGACCGGCAGUUGAUUCAAAAACAUCUGAUGGCCAUGAAAAUUUAGUUCAACAACCCAAUGAAUAUAAUCAAUUCGAAGAAGGCUUAUUAUCAAAAUUAAACUCAAAAUGUGCAGAACGGGAUGUAAGCUCAUGUGUAAUGUUAAAAUUGGUUACAUACAUGAAUCGUUUAAUGAAAAAAGCCUCCAUUGAAGUAAAUAGUGACCUAGAGAUUACUCAGACAACAACAACUGUAGAUCUUGCACAAACCGCUAGAAGUUUACCAGCUGAUAUCAAUACCAUGAGCGAAGAAGCACAAUUAACACAAUUGAUUACAAAUAAAAUAUGGAACUUUGUACGGUCAAGACAAUUAAGAUAUCGCAUUGUCGAUGAUGCUGAUCUUGUUGUAUCAGCAAAUCCUGACAAGAAAGAUGGAACAUUAAACAUUGGCUUAUCAAUCAAAGCUGCACAAGCUUUAGAAGGUAGAGGUAAAAAAAAUAAUAUGGGACCAUUAUUGGCUGCUGGUAUGAUGAAAGUUGGUUUAAUUGGUGCUCUUGCAUUCAAAGCUUUAGUAUUACUUGUUGGAAAGGCUUUGAUCGUCAGCAAGAUCGCUUUAUUAUUGGCAACAAUCAUUGGAUUGAAAAAACUUUUCUCCCAAGAGAAGAAACAUGUGACCUAUGAAGUAGUAUCACAUCCACAUCACACUCAUUCCCACGUCGAAUCAAGUGGACAUGAUAGCUAUGGUGGUGGUUGGGGUAGAAGUUUAUCAGAAAAUGCACAAGAUAUGGCAUAUAAAGCACAAAAACCACAAACUGUUUCAGCGUAA